CCAACCGUCUCUGCCAUUGUCCAGGCCUCAGGCAGCAGCCAGUGGACAUUGGACGUUGCGCGAACGUAAACAAUGACUAAGCAAUGUCGUCACGUUUGCGCUCAAGAACCACAUGACUUCUCGGUCACAGCUCAGGCACAUGGGGAAAACAGCUGCCUAUUUCUCCACGCACGCGGCAAUAUCGUCGACCAACAUGCUUCACCACAGCUUGCAGAUGUCGUAACCUCUACCCGAUCCAUUAUAAUCGCUCAUGGCCAUGCAGCGUGAUUGCAAUACCGCUUCGACGGAGUUCACCCCGCCCGGUAGCGUCACCGAACCUUUAACCCCACCACCGACAGACUCAAAGCCGUCGAAACGCGUGGCGAAUAUUCUACAACGGUUACGACUCCAGGAGAGCGGUAGAGACGUCUUGCAAAGUCCCUGGUUUGCAGUGAAGCUGGAGCCUAGCGAAUACAACGAAUUGCUUCAGCUGCUCAAAAACAACGAGUCUCUCUGGGUGUUCAGAGAAGCAAAACUCAGGUACGAUUACGAUUCUGCAAAUAGCCUUCUUGUUAUACGAAUGCCCACACAAAAACACGACGUAUUUAUUGCGCGGGUCGUUGAACUGGUACAGAAUAGAUUGCGUGUUAUAGAAGGCAGCGAAACCCAAUCAAGUUCUUUUGCUCAGAAAAUAAAGCACAAUGGGUCCGGGAGAUUGAUCUUUCGGACAGCGGAGAAUGGCAAGCAAUCUUUUAUUGAGCGCCAACCUGAUGCUGAGUUUAAACAUGAAGAGGCACGUUGGCCAGGGGUCAUCAUCGAAGUGUCAUACUCUCAGAAGACCAAAGUGAUAUCCCACUUAGCGGAUGAUUACAUUCUAGAAACGAACGGAAGCAUUCGCGUGGUCGUUGGUUUGGAUCUUGAUUACAAGACGAAGAAAGCGACAGUCACAAUAUGGCGGCCGCAGUAUGUCACAAAUGCGAAUGGAGACGUGGAACUAGAGGCAGCGCAGGUAGAUUGCCAUAUUUUCCGAGACGAACUUGGAAAUGCUCAAGGUGGAGGACUAAGGCUUGAACUGAAAGACUUUGCUCCUCAGGUCUUAGCUAAAGAUUUCAACGACGCCAUCCUAAUAGAUGCAGUGGCAUUGUGCCAAUGCCUUGAUGAAGCUGAGAAAGAGGAGCUAGAAGCUAACCAAACCAAAGGGUUCGUUGAGAAUUUGCAACAUGGGGCCAAAAAAAGACGUCGAGCGAGAACACCACCAGAGGAACUGGAUUCAGAGGACGAACACAAGUUUGACGAUGAUGAGCGAAAUGUCCGUGCGCGACUGUCCGCCGAUGAUAUUUCAUACAAGCCUUCUGGGACAGAGUAGGGAGAGCAAAGACAGCAUAGUCGUCAUGGACAUGAAUGAUAUUCCUCUGGCUUAUCAGCUAAAACCUUGUGCUUUCUGGCCUUGUCCUCGACUCCUGUAGCCAAAUUAAUUGAUUCUAUUAC